AAUAAUUGAGGAGCUGUUCAGCAGCAGCGGCUGCCUCCUGCCUUCCUUGGCCAUCACCACCCCCAUCGUAGCCGGAGAGACUGAGCCUGGCGCUGCAAGUGUGGACCGCCAGCCUCUGACCCGCAGCCUGCCCAUCGCCUCCAACCCCUCCGACAUUCAUGACCAGGAGAAGACUGCUUUGGGUCCCUCUGGACCUUUCCUAAAAGGGAGAUCCCUGUUCACUAGAUGAAUUCCAGAACCAUCCACUAAGGCAUCUAUAGCCCUCUUCCAUCAGCUGACCUACACCACAACCCCUAUCACUCAAGAUGAGUGGCUUCCUUGCCUCCCUGGACCCCCGGCGGGUGCAAUGGGGGGCUGCCUGGUACGCCAUGCACUCCAGGAUUCUGCGCACCAAACCAGUGGAGUCCAUGCUGGAGGGAACUGGGGCCACCACAGCACACGGCACCAAGCUAGCCCAGGUGCUUACCACCGUGGACCUCAUCUCUCUUGGUGUUGGCAGCUGUGUGGGCACGGGUAUGUACGUGGUCUCUGGCCUGGUGGCCAAGGAAAUGGCAGGACCUGGUGUCAUUGUGUCCUUCAUCAUUGCAGCCGUUGCAUCCAUAUUAUCAGGUGUCUGCUACGCAGAGUUUGGAGUACGCGUCCCCAAGACGACCGGAUCAGCCUACACCUACAGCUACGUCACUGUGGGGGAGUUUGUGGCGUUUUUCAUUGGCUGGAACCUGAUCCUGGAGUACCUGAUUGGCACUGCUGCUGGCGCCAGUGCUCUGAGCAGCAUGUUCGACUCUCUGGCAAACCACACCAUCAGCCACUGGAUGGUGGACACCGUGGGAACCCUCAACGGUCUAGGGAAAGGUGAAGAAUCAUACCCAGACCUUCUGGCUCUGGUGAUUGCGGUCAUCGUGACCAUCAUCGUCGCUCUGGGGGUAAAGAAUUCUGUGGGCUUCAACAAUGUCCUCAACGUGCUGAACCUAGCAGUGUGGGUGUUCAUCAUGAUUGCAGGCCUCUUCUUCAUCAAUGGGAAAUACUGGGCUGAGGGCCAGUUCCUGCCCCACGGCUGGUCAGGGGUGCUGCAAGGAGCAGCCACAUGCUUCUACGCUUUCAUUGGCUUUGACAUCAUCGCCACCACUGGAGAGGAAGCCAAGAAUCCCAACACAUCCAUCCCCUAUGCUAUCACCGCCUCCCUGCUCAUCUGCCUGACAGCAUAUGUAUCUGUGAGCAUGAUCUUAACUUUGAUGGUGCCAUAUUAUGCCAUUGACACGGAAUCCCCACUUAUGGAGAUGUUUGUAGCCCAUGGGUUCUAUGCUGCAAAAUUCAUAGUGGCCAUUGGAUCAGUGGCAGGACUGACAGUCAGCUUGCUGGGCUCCCUCUUCCCAAUGCCGAGGGUCAUUUAUGCCAUGGCCGGUGAUGGGCUCCUUUUCAGGUUCCUGGCUCAUGUAAGCUCCUACACAGAGACGCCAGUGGUGGCCUGCAUUGUGUCGGGGUUCCUGGCAGCUCUCCUUUCGCUGUUGGUCAGCCUGAGGGACUUGAUAGAGAUGAUGUCCAUCGGCACACUACUUGCCUACACCUUGGUCUCUGUGUGCGUCUUGCUCCUUCGAUACCAACCAGAGAGUAACAUUGAUGGUUUUGUAAAGUUCUUGUCUGAGGAGCACACAAAGAAGAAGGAGGGCAUUCUGGCUGACUGUGAGAAGGAAGUUUGUUCUCCUGUGAGUGAAGGGGAAGAGUUUUCCGGUCCAGCCACCAACACAUGUGGGGCCAAGAACUUACCAUCCUUGGGAGAUAAUGAGAUGCUCAUAGGGAAAUCAGACAAGUCAGCCUACAAUGUCAACCACCCUAACUAUGGCACUGUGGACAUAACUACAGGCAUAGAAGCUGAUGAAUCUGAAAACAUUUAUCUCAUCAAACUGAAGAAACUGAUUGGUCCCCGUUACUACACCAUGAGGAUCCGGCUGGGCCUUCCAGGCAAAAUGGACCGACCCACAGCAGCCACGGGGCACACAGUGACCAUCUGUGUGCUCCUGCUCUUCAUCCUCAUGUUCAUCUUCUGCUCCUUUAUCAUCUUCGGUUCCGACUAUAUCUCAGAGCAUAGCUGGUGGGCCAUCCUUCUGGUUGUUCUGAUGGUGCUGCUGAUUAGCGCCCUGGUGUUUGUGAUCCUGCAGCAGCCAGAGAACCCCAAGAAGCUGCCCUACAUGGCCCCUUGCCUCCCCUUUGUGCCUGCCUUUGCCAUGCUGGUGAACAUCUAUCUCAUGCUAAAGCUCUCCACCAUCACCUGGAUCCGGUUUGCGGUCUGGUGCUUUGUAGGUAUGCUCAUUUACUUUGGAUACGGCAUCUGGAACAGCACCCUGGAAAUCAGCGCACGAGAGGAGGCCCUGCACCAAAGCAGGUACCAACGCUACGACGUGGACGACCCCUUCUCGGUGGAGGAGGGUUUCUCCUACGCCACAGAAGGCGAGAGCCAGGAGGACUGGGGCAGGCCCGCUGAAGACAAAGGCUUCUAUUACCAACAGAUGUCAGAUGCAAAGGCAAACAGCCGGACAAGUAGCAAAGUGAAGAGCAAAAGCAAACACAAACAGAACUCCGAGGCCCUGAUUGCAAACGAUGAGUUAGAUUACUCUCCAGAGUAGGAGCAAACACACAAGAGGGUAGAGGUGAUGAUGAUUUAUUUUCAGUAAUUUAAUCUGUGGGCUAGAAUGUGAGAACAUAUUUGGCUCUCAUUUCACAAACCCAGCCUCCCCCAAAGUCAGUCCCCUGUCAUAGCCUGUCAUUUGCUACUUUUGCUCUUCAGGAUAGUUGGGUGGAAGGGUUUACCCUGGGUUCCAUAAUUGGUUCCCUCAUGAAAAGCUAAACAAGAGGCUACAAGAAUUCUAUCUUAGGUGCAACCAUCAGAGGUGAUGGU